AGUCGUUACCGGUAUUGUUACUGUGUGUUGCGUUUAUGCGUCUAUAUCUGCGUGUGAAACGAAACGUAUCCCAGCACUCAGCAGUCGUACUCGUAAGCACAUCUGUCAACCUUGCUGCUAAACAUUGAACUGAAUAUUAUUUUUAAAAUUGUUGGGCAUAAUCCAGUCAAUUCUGUGCUAUUAAACGUAAGAAAUAGGGCAUUUUUAUACGGUCUAACUAAUUCGUUUGAAGGUUGUCGCUAUGGGGUGGUGUUAAUUGAUUUAUUUGUGCUCUUGCCUGUCAGAAUUAAAAUUAAAAACAUUAGAAUACUGAAGUGUUAGAUGUUCAGAUGUUGGAUUGAGUGUUAGAAUAUUAAACUUAGCGGUCGGGCCGACUGCUGCACUGCAGUAUUUUCCGUUGUCGCUGAGAGGAGUAUUAGUGGAAGUUUUGAAAAACGAACAUGUCUAAAGUGUCCCUGAGUAAUAUCCCAUCGAAUCCUCGAAUUAAUCGUUUGAGAACAUUUUCAAGGACGGAAAGUGAGACAUCAUGCGAAGAAGCGGCACGCCUUACAGCAGAGGGCGCUGCAGAUGAUGACGACGAGGCCUACGACUAUGGGGAGCUCCCCCCGCCGCCCGAUGGUGGCUACGGCUGGGUGGUGGUGUUCGCCUCCUUCAUGUGCAAUCUGGUGGUGGACGGCAUCGCGUACACCUUCGGGAUAUUCCUCCCAGAGCUGGUCACGUACUUCGGAGAGGGCAAAGGAACGGUGGCGUGGGUGGGGAGUUUGCUCUCUGGAGUUUAUCUCGCAGCGGGUCCGGUAGUAUCGGCGCUAUGCAACAAAUACGGCUGUCGGGCGGUGUGUGUGGCAGGCUCCCUGAUAGCUGCCACGGCGUUCGUGCUGUCCACCUUCAGCAAGAGCGUCACCAUGAUGAUGAUAACCUAUGGCCUUAUUGGAGGUAUGGGCUUCGGAAUGAUCUAUCUACCCUCAGUCGUAGCAGUGGGUUACUACUUCGAGACCCGUCGCUCCCUAGCCACGGGUAUCGCAGUAUGCGGCUCCGGCGUUGGAACUUUUAGCUUCGCUCCUCUCGCUGCUAUUCUGCUAAAUGAGUUUGGCUCGUGGCAGAACGCGAAUCUGCUACUUGCGGGAUUGAUAUUGAAUUGUGCCGUGUUUGGCGCUUUGAUGAGACCUCUGGUGUAUCCCAAAACAUCCGGUGAAAAGCCUUUACUGCAACGCAUGGCCGAAGAGAAGAGGUUACAAAUGGAGCGAGGCUCGAUAGGAGGCUCGUACUUCGUUGUACAUUUACCUGACGGCACUAUGGAGAAGAGACUGAAGGCGCCACUAAACAUAGACCCGGGGGUCCACUCGUCGCUGAACUUGGAAGCUCUGGCGCGGGUGCCCACCAUACCAAACAUGCCGGGCGUGCCCACCGUGCCUACUUUACCCACCAUCACCGAGGCGAGGGUACCGGAUGACAAUGAGCUCAAAAAAAAGAGUGAAAACGGCGCCGCAGUGAACGCGGCGAACGCUCAACACAUGUCGCGCAACGUGUCUUCGCCGGCCUUCAGCGCGCACGCGCCCGGCCUACCCAAGAACGGCUCCGUGCCCUUCUUCGACGCGCAGCGCAAGCACAGCGUCGCCGAGAGGUCAGCCGCCAACGAAGGAUUCAAACCGUCCUUAGCUGCAAUUAAAGCGACGUCCAAAACUUCCAUAGCCAGCCAACUGCGUACUGAUGGCGACGAAGGAGUUUACAACUCGAAGCUGUCGGUAGCAGCGCCGCGCGAGAGCUCCCGCAUGGUCCGCCCGAUGUCCCGAAAAGACAUCUUCUACUCGGGCUCCGUCAUCAACCUGCCGCAGUACCAGAGCCAGAAGUCACUCCAGGGGUACAGGAACUCUGUGCUGAGUCUACCUCAGAGCAGGCAAACUGGUGAUCUGGAGAGACAAGAACUAUACGACUUAUGCCCCUGCCUAACCCUGCCCGCGUCGUUCAAGUCCGCGCUGUCGUCAAUGCUGGAUGUGAGCCUGCUGCGCGACCCGGCCUUCAUGCUCAUCGGAGUGAGCAACGUGUUCGGCAUGGCCGGCCUCUACGUGCCCUUCGUGUACAUUGUGGAUGCUGCUCAUCUUAAUGGCGUAGAACAGUCGCAAGCAUCAUUCCUGUUGUCUAUCAUCGGCAUAACGAACACGGUGGGCCGUAUUGCGUGCGGAUGGGUGGCCGACUUCCCCUGGAUGGACUCUCUGCUGCUCAACAACAUCUGCCUCGUUAUUGCCACGGUUUCCGUGGGUCUUACGCCCUUCUGUUACUCAUACGCGACGUACGUUUGCGUCGCUAUUGCUUUUGGAAUUGCUAUUUCGGGUUACAUCUCAUUGACAUCGAUCAUCCUGGUGGAUCUUCUCGGGCUGGACAAAUUGACCAACGCGUUCGGCCUGCUCAUACUGUUCCGUGGCGCGGCCGCUAUAAUCGGGUCUCCGUUAGCGGGCGCGGUGUACGACGCUACUAAGAACUAUGACGCGUCGUUCUACAUGGCCGCGGCCUUCUUCUUGGCCUCCACUCUGACGUCAUUCGCGGCACCCAUGUUCCGCAGAAAACCAGAGGAGGUCCAACAGCCGUUGGACGUGCUGACGCCCAUUGACGAGGACUUGGAGGAGGGUGAGGAGGAGGACCCCGACGACACGCCCAUCACCAUGGGCGCGCACAUCGCGUCGCGCCCGCCCGCCAUCACGCGCACCGCCGCGUCGCCCUCCGACCCUCCCUCGCCCUCCCCGCCCGAGCUCUCGCAGCGGGAGAGCGUACUGUCAUUUUAAUUGAAGUGUUGGAAGAACAACAGAAGUUAGUUAUAUAUAGUUUGGUGCGAACAUGGGAUCACAAAGAAGCUACUGUUUUUGUGAAAAGAACUAUUAUCACACUGUUUCAAUUGUGCAUACUUUAAUAGUCUAAGAUCCGGCAUUAGAAAUAUAUACCCUCAUCUGUUAUUUAUUAGUGAUAACAAAUAAAUGAUAGAUAAUAUUAACAGUGCAAUUCUUGUCAGUCACAUUUUUCAUACAAAAUCUAGGAAACCAUGAUGUAGAUCAAAGGUCAUUUAAUAAAGUUAAAUUAAGCAUAAAAUAAGCUUUUAUUUGCCAUAUUGGACGACUAAAUAACGAAUUAAGGUAUAUAAAUAACAUUACUCUACUGUUUAUAUCUAGCAGUAGCAGUGUGAAACCUACCAUUACAUUUACAAUUCUGUUGGGUGAAUCCUUCUAACUAGUUAACGAUUUUUUUUAAUUAACCAAAAUCUUUUAAUGUCCGACCACAAUUUUACCUGUUUGCAAUGUGUUAAUGAGAAUAUUUACAUCAUUUAUUUCUUGUCCCAAAUAAAUAACGGAGGGUAUAUAUUUCUUACGCCGGAUCUCGUACUAUAAGGUUUGCUCUAUCCUAGUAGUAGACUUUCUUACUCUUUGGAUGUGACCAAAAAUGAGGAACUAUUAAGAUCUGUCUGUUAUUAAGGACUUAUUGAUUGAUAGUUUCGUAACAUUUGGUAGUAUGGCUUCCUAAUUAAAUAUAGUGCGUGCUUAUUUAAAGUAUUUCCUUGUUCUGGAUUAGUUUUUCGGUUAAAGUCCAAAUACAGUUUUGUAGGUCAGCCAUUGUAACUUUCAUCUAACAUUUUUUCAACUUCUGCUUUAUAUAACGAGGUCUCAAAGCGCGAAUGUGUAUAUUAUGUAGAUAGAAUUUAAUUGAGAUUGUUAGGUAAAUGAGACAACUUAGUCUCAUAGAAUGUGUGUUAGUUGUAAUAAGAUCAAAUUUAAUUGGCUAUGGACAUUGAGAAUAUUUUUUAUUGAUUAAUUAGUGCCGCGCUUUCCUCUUUUUACAAUAUAACAAAACUAAGGUUUUAAAAGUUAUACUUACUUACAAUAUGUAACAAAACUAAAUUUUAUACUUAAUCAUAACUAUAUAAUAGUAAAAGUAUUUUUUGAUUUUCCGUCCUUUGUAGUCAAAACAUGGCCUUGCUUUUUGGCCGAUCAUAGAUUUUCCACCAAAAAAAUUUGAUCAGUUAAUAAAUAUUUUCAAUGUCUUUAAGCCUGUUGCAAGCUGUGAAGUUACUUUGUAAGAGAAGAAUUAUAAUAAUUAUUAUAAAAUAAUUGUUAAUAUACACAUAAUUAUGUACGGAGUUAUACCAACUGUAUGAUAUAGUUAUGGUGCGAAAGAUAUACAUCAAGCCGUGGUAAUUACGAAUUAUAACAGUUCAGUAUAAAUUAUGUAUUUAUAAUACAUAUUAUAUACAAAUAAAGAUCUCAUGAAAUGACGUAUAUACGCGUUACAGAAUAAUAAAAAAUGUUAAGCUCUCAGACUAUAGGUGAGCAAACAAACUGUAUUUACUAUUUUUUAAAACAAGUACACAUUAUAUUAUUUUCUAAAUGACAUUGUUUUACUAACAUAUUAUUUCUGCAGUAUAUAUUAUUUAUGUAGAAUUUCGGUUACUUUAGGUGCCAUAUUUUUUUUUUAUGAAAAGUAAGUUACUUAUGUAUGUACUUACAACUUACUCAAAUUCAAAGCGUAAAAUUGCAAAUUGAGGCUUCAUAAUUAUUUUAAUUGUAUGAUUUAAAUUGAAAAAUCUUCUAUAAGAAAAAUGGAAAUCUAACACUGCUUCGACAUAAUAAAGCGUGACGUCAUACUAUUCUAAGUACAUAAUUUUCUGAUGUACAUGGUUAACCAUAUUAAAAAAAAUCAACCAUUUUCAUUUUGAGUUGAUUUCCUUUAAGUUUUAUAUGUAUGUAUCAACUUAAUGAAGUAAUCAAAACGUUAAGUGAAAACAUUGUAAAUCUAACUUGUGAUUAUAUUAUGUACUUAUACAUAUUAUAUAUUAUGUACUUAGAUUAUAAUAGGGAGGCUUAAAAAUUCCAGAGUAUUGCUCGGAAUUAUUUUUAACAAAAACCUGCACUGUUUUGUACAUAAAUUAGAUUUCUUUUUAAUCGUGUAGUAAGUUUUUUUUUAAACAAAGAUUUACAUAUUUUUUGUACUCAAGGACCUUACUCAGGCAGCAAUAAUUAGCAAAUAAUUAUUAUUAUUUAAUAUAUAUAGGCUGUUUUGUGAUGUAUACAUUUAAGUAUCCAUUUUUCUUAAAAAAAUGGAAUGAUAAAAUAAAGUGUGUGCAUUUUGUUUAGGGAUUGAUACAAAUUACUUAACUUGAUAAAAUAAAACAAAAUUACAAAAAUAAUGAAUGAAAUUGUAAAUACAGUAGGUAGAUAUUAAUUGCACAUUUUGUAUAUAAACACAAAUAAUUACUAAUAGUUAUAUUUAUUAAUAUACCAUCUCGAUGUUAAGAUGAAAUGUGAAAGGAAAUAAAUUCUAAAUAAUGACACCCAAAAUAUAACGCUUCAAAAAAGUUUUUUAGAUAGAUAUCCAUUCAAAUUUUUAAAAGUUAGACGUUAUCAAAAUAUAAACUGCUUUCUAACCAAAGGAGAUGGUCCAAAAUUGUAUGGAGCCCAGGAUCAGUUAUUAUUUAUAUAUUAUUAUUAUAUAUAUUAUAUAUUAUUAUUCCCUGGCGGAAAUAAAACAAAAACAUUUUUGACUAUACAAAUCUACGAAUUUACUUUAAUUCUUUCGAAAUAAUAUUCAAUCUCCCAAUGCAACACUAAUAUGGUUAAUAAUGGCGGAUUGGUUACGUUUUUAAUGCAGUAGUCGAUUGCUGUCAAUUGUCAUGUAAUAGUUGCUUUAAGGGCGCCAUCUUGAUAUAACUCAAAAACUGGGGUUUUGUUUUUAUUUAUUUCUUUUUAUUUAGUUAGAUUUAUUCACUUAUUUAGAUUUUGAUAAAAUCCUUGUAUUUAUUAAAUUUUAAUGAUACGGGAUUCAAGAGUGAACCUGAAAUGGACCAUCUUCUUUUAUUAGAUUUCUUAUUAUUUUUGUAACACUAUUUUGAACCUGCGUAUUCGAAAUUAACUAUUAAUUUUCGGAUGACUAACUAACUUUUCGAGCUUCGCUAUUUUUACUUACGAGAGAGAUUUUAUGAACUGAUUCUUCUCCCUCAACAUACCUAAAGUAGGUUUUAUUGAAAACGCCAUAAAUUAUACUUAUAGUGUUAAAUUGCAUACGCACCAAUAAAUUAAUUGUUAAUAGGGUUAGUCUUGAGGUAGCGAGGAAAACUGGGCCAUUGAGUCGAUUAAAUCUGUAGUGUCAUUAAUUUAAACAUUCGUUUUUUUUCGGUUUUCAGGUUUUACUUAAACAUAGUGAUUUAUGCAACAAAAUAUAUAAUAUUGGGAUAUGCGCGAGAUAUCUUGACCCUUUGUAGGGUAUAGCCAUAUACUAGCAGUUAUGGUGCCACAUAAAAGAGUAGAAAAAAAUGAAACAAAUAUACCCGCUGUGUGGCAACACCACAUUUACUGUCGUUGUCACGAAGUUCUGUCAAUAAAGAGCAACCAAUUAUGAUUGAUAGUUUUAUCAGAUCCUUAAAAUCAGUGGAAAUUCAGAUCAAUAUCAUUUAUUUAGAUGAGAUUUUCUUUUAAAUUUAAUAAAUGUAAAUCAUGAAAUCAGCUUAGUACUCAUAAUAUGAUGCACGGGGCUAAAUCGUGAUGAAAGUAUUUUCAAAAUAGAUUUAUUAAUUUAUUUGUAUUAAAUAACAAUUAUCAAGUACAGCGCUCGGCAAACAUCUUGAACAAAAACCGGCGUAGUGGGGGAAAGUUCACGCAGGUACACUAUAAGACAAUGGACAAGGCGAACUGAUUGACCAAUAGCAGGCGCGCGCGCUCUGUAUUCCCCCGCGUUCCCUUCACCCCACCAAAGAGACUGACAAAUCGACUUCUGCGCAUUUUAAUGCAUUGUUCAAGAUGUUUGCCGAGAUUUAUACCAAGUGGAUAACAGAACACAAGGUUACCAUAUGAAUGACAAUAAGUAACUACAGCGCCCUCAUUUAUUUUCUACUCAUUACACUAUGCAGGCUAUUACGAGCAACCAAAACACACUGAAUUUCUUACACACAAUCACAAUACUUGUGUGUUUGUGUGUGUCUACCUCCGCACAUAUCUCAGGUACGACCAACAAGUUGUACACAGACUAUAGUAGUUUGUCAACGGCAGUAAUGCUUCGUAAAGCUUCGCAUACACUGCGACUGUCGCAUCAUUUCAUCAUCAUUUUGUCGCUAAUCUCGCAUACGUCGCGUUUGACGCGAUGUUAUACAACAUCAAACAGGCAGUUUUCUUGCCCACAACAAUAGUAUGCAUUAUUUUACUUGUAAUGCUAUUACGUCCUUAAAGUUUUUACUCAAUUGAACUGAGGAUUUUACAAUUUAUCGUGUGCCAUUGCUAUGAACAAUGUAAAUAGCUAUAUUCUACUGUUAUAGUAGUGUUAUUAGCUGCGAGUGAUCAACACAGUCAAUUUUCUAAAACCAUUCGAUACCAAAUAUGUCUCGUUGUUAGAUAUCUUCAAAUGAUGUAUACUUGCCACAUUGGUUAUAUAUUUGUUGGAUAGAAGGGCAUAGAGUAUAGUGAUUAAUGGAUAGAAACGAAUAUACAAAGAAUAAUAGUUUUUGGAUCUGUCACUUGAUAAAAUUGCCGCAGUUUUUUGGAGAAGGUCUUGUUACAUGAAGUUAAUUUUUGACGGUAUUUUGUAACACAUCCAUUGUUUUAAAAGUUGCACUGCAUCUUUUAACACAAAAUCAUAUAUUUUUGACAGAGGGGUAACCUCUAGCGACAGGUUCUAUAGAAGGUCUCUAUCUAUCACUAGAUGUAUACUAAAUUAUAACUCUAAAUACUCUAUGCUAUUCUAUGCAACAUACUCGUAUGUGUAGGUAUAUCUAAAAUGUAGGUAGUAUACUGUUUAGUAGCGUAGUUUUAUUGGUUGGUUCUAAUAUAUUUUUUAUAAAUUUAAAGUGAUCGGAAGGUAGUAUUUUAACUUAUACAAAUGUUUUUUUUUAUUUCAUUUUAUUACAAUUUGAUUUUUUUUUAGAACACAUCGAUGAAAUUGCGCUACUUUUGUAUAAUUAAGUACUGGAUGAACAAUAGGUAUAAAAUAAAAAUGUCUUAGCUGUUGGUCAAGUAACUGAAUACUUUCAUUUAAUUGCUGACAAUACAAAAUGUAUGUGUGUUUUUAUACUUUGUUGAGGCUACCUAAAACCAACGUCCAUGAACUAUUCAGUAAAAGGUUUAGCUUUGAAGUUUGUGUGUAGGGUUGCCAACACAUUAAAAAAAUAUAAUAUUUUUCAAAUUGUCUAAAAUAAGAGUGCUACGUGGUUAUUCAUUCACAUUUAAUUUUUAAAUUAAUGAAAACCAACAAUAAGAUAGACAUUUUCGGAUACUAUAUUGCUUGUGUUGAAAAUUAAUGUGAGGACAUAUUAUAGUAUUUUCUUAAUAUUUAUAAGUUAGCUGUUGACUACAAUCUCACUUGACGGUAAGUGAUGAUGGAAUCUAAAAAUUUUAUUUUUGUUAAUAUAUAAAUUUCUUUGACAGUAUAUGUAUAGUACGCAGACCCGAAAUAUAGUACAAAACUAUAGCUUGGCAAAUUCGUUCGUAACACUCCCGUUGGUCCGCGCGGGCCGGGAGAGGGGUAGCGAUGCCCCAUGCGCACGACUCGCGCAGUACUUCCCCCGUCGCCCCCAUAUCAUGGGAGUAGAACUUACGAAGCUAUAUAUAUUAUAGUACGGUUGGCAACCCUAUUUGUGUGUUUGAGUCAUAUGGGUAAUGUGAGUGACCAUGAAUAAAGUAUUUAUGAAAUAUAAUUAUUGCCUUUCAUCCAGAAUGCGUCAUUUGUUAUUUUAGAACUAUCUCACGAAAACCGUUCAAACUCAGUUUAUCGUGCAAAAAUAGUUAGUAACAAAUUAAAUGGCCAAUGGCCAUCGAUCUUCUAUUAAAAAGUGGAUGCACAAUCAGCGACCAAAAAACGUCCCCACUCAAUGAGUGCCAAACAAAACUUUUUGGCACUCAAUUCAAGUAGUUCCAUUUGUAAAUUCCAACCUUGAAGUCGAUCCUUAAGGUUAUAUUGGACUAUAUUUAAAGGCCUUUAGGUAUAAUUUUCUUUACCAAUAAUUCUAAAACUGUCAAAGCAAAAUUAGCCAUUUCUUAAGUGAAAUUUUCUACAUGAUUGUGCUUCCUUUUUUUAUAAGAGGUCAAUGCUUAUUUUUUUAAUGUCUACGUAUUUCAAACGUUCGUAUUUGUAUACGGUUUUAAAUAUCUUGAGCAUAAUAAAGAAAUGUGCUAUUUAAUCCGUAGAUAUCAAUGCGAAAGUGUUUGUUUGUUUGUUACGCUUGAACGCCUAAACCACAAAAAUGAUUUUGAAAAUUAUUUCACCACACCAAUGGAAAUGGUACUAAUAUGUCAUUAUUUUAACGUACUUCGUGAGAUAAAUUAUAUGCUAUAUUACUAUAAAGUUAGCAUUAAUUUACUUUAUAACAUUUAUGUAUAUGAAAAGAUAUUUUUGUGUCAAUAUAUUGCAUAAUUUAGCUAAUAAGUGUACUUAGUUUAGUGAAGUAAUAAAUUGAAAGAUUAGGCUCUAGGUAAUAAUAGGAAAAUAUGUGAUAAAAAUGCUUAAAUCGAAAAACACGUUUCUUUUAUAACAAGCCUGUAAUAUUAUCAUGUAUUUGAUUUAUUAUGAUUAUUGUAUAAUGGAUUGUAAUGUUUUUUUUUAAUAAAUAAAUAAGUUUAUACAUAACAUGAACUGCUAUAAGUAAUUGUACGAUAUGCAUUAAUAAUAAAUAUUAUUCGAAAAGUUAUUAAGUAAAACGUUAACUGUUGUUAUAGCUUUAUGUAAAAAAAACCAAAAGUGUUAUUAUGUUUUUAAGAUACUCAUAUUGAAAAUAUGAAUUUAUAUUGAGUCGAUACCUAAGAUGUUUGAAUAAGCAUAGACGCGUCUUCGCAACAUACUGGCUAUAUAAAACGAUUGUCAAUUAGUCGCGGAUUUUUUCUGUUAAAUAAUAUAUAUUUUUUAUAUCAUAGUGGCGGCGGGUUAAAAUAUAACCAUUUUAAAAAAUAUUCAACAAAUUUAAAUUAAAAUAGUAUAUCAUAUAACUUGCAGUCGAAUGACCAAGUUCAACUGAUAUUACUGGUGCCCGUAAAUUGUCAUUUUUAUGAUCAAUUAAAAAUAAAUAUGUUGAUUUUUUUGGAAUUUGUACAUUAUCCCCUUCAACAACCUCUUAUUGGGAUCUCAAAAUGAUUCCACAAUUUGACAAAAUUCCGCUAAAUCAAAAAGUGACAUUAAGAAUUGCAUUAUCAGGAAAUAUUGUCACUUGGGAUAUAUGUGUAAGAAGAAAAUCGUUCGUAUUAUAUUAUUUGUUAUUGCCUCCCGAGUAUAGCCAUUACAGUAUAACUUAAAAAAAAGUAACGUAUGACGCGUCUAUUUAUAAAACGUCUUAGGUUGAUGUAUGUCAUCAUAAAACUCAACAAAUUUUGAUCGUAAAUGAAAUGUACUGGAAUGAUUAAAAAUACCUAUAUAUUGUUGUAUCAUUUAAUGUAAAUAAGUUUGAAAUAUUGUAAUUACAUUGAAUUGUAUGAAAUAUAUAUUAAUUUUGUAACAAUUUACGCUAGUUCUAAUCUAGCGAAAUUGGCUCAAAAUCAUCAGGACGGCCUGAGUUAUUUCAUGUAUUUUAUACAGUAUUGGCUCAAAGUAUUGUUUUAUUUGUGUGAUCUUCUGUUUACAUAUAUAUAUUGUAAUAUUCGAUGUUUUGAAAUAUAUAAUUCAAAAUACA